UGCGUGGAGAGUACGCCUGCGCAAGCUGCAGAACCCUAACGGGCGCUUGCUGGACUGCAGGACUCGGUGGCGAUCGUUUCUGCGUGGGGCGGGUAAACAAGGUGGUACGAUAGAAGCUCAUUGAAGAAAUCUGUCGAUGAUUGUACUGUAUAUUGGAAGUAGAACCUGGAGUCAAGAUUUUCCUACUUUAAGCAAUUUUGAUGGCAGAAAGAAGAAGGUCCUACAGUGUGGGGGAAGCCAUGGAGGAACUCAUGGGACCUAGUGGACAAAAAUGGGCCAGUAUGGAUCCAGAAGAACGAAUGUUAGCAGCUGCAACAGCCUUCACCCACAUCUGUGCAGGGCAGGGUGAGGGGGAUGUCAGGAGAGAGGCCCAGUCCACCCAGUACGAUCCCUACAGCAAAGCUUCAGUAACCCCAGGAAGACGACCUGCUCUUCCUGCGCACCUGCAGCACCCACAUGCAAAAAGCAGCGUCACUCCAGACAUGGUCUCGGAGGCAUCCCAGAGGCUCCGGAAGCCAGUGAUGAAGAGAAAGGUGCUGCGAAGGAAGCCGGAUGGGGAAGUACUGGUAACAGAUGAGUCAAUUAUCAGUGAAUCAGAGACUGGUACAGAAAAUGACAUGGAUCUCUGGGACUUAAGACAAAGGUUGAUGAACCUGCACUUCCAGAAAGACAGGGAGUCCUCUGUUGAUGUUCCAGAAAAAUUUAAUCUACCACAUGAAUACCAAGGAAUUUCUCAAGAUCAGCUCAGUUGCUAUCUGCAAAGAGAAGAGAUGGGCCCUCCAGCUUAUGAACAAGAUCUGAUCGUUGCCAGCCGACCCAAGUCCUUUAUUCUCCCGAGGCUGGAUCAGUUAAGCCGAAACCGGGGCAAGGUAGACCGGGUGGCCCGCUAUUUUGAGUACAAACGAGACUGGGACUCCAUUCGGUUACCAGGUGAGGACCACAGGAAGGAAUUACGCUGGGGCGUCCGAGAACAGAUGCUUUGCCAGAGAGCCGAACCCCAACCCAAGCCUCAGCACAUGUAUGUUCCAAACAAUUAUCUCGUACCAACCGAGAAGAAAAGAUCUGCCCUUCGCUGGGGUAUUCGUUGUGACCUUGCAAAUGGUGUCAUGCCCAGGAAGCUUCCCUUUCCUCUUUCUCCUACUUAAGGCUUUUUUUAAAACCUGUGUCUCUGUUCACAUGAUGGUAUAACCUGGUACUGUACAUCUUUCCUUUUAUUUAAGUAGAAACAGUGAAUGUGAAAGCCCAAGAGGAGUCAUAGCAGAGGAAGAAAAAUAGACCUGGUCUUCCUACCUGACAGAUUAGUGAGCAAAAUCAGCUAGCACUGUUUCUGUUCUGUACUGUUUACCUUUGGCCAAUGUGAGUUGCUGUUUUUAUUAGUGUGUUUUUAAAGUUGCUGGGCGUUAAGCUUAUCCAUUAAAGAGUU